AUGGAGAACAAGGGGACAGAGACACCUCUGCCCAAGCCACACACAAAAGGAGGCCUCCAGCCCACACUGAUCCUGACGACGCUAAGCGCAGCCUUUGGCUCAGCCUUCCAAUAUGGCUACAACAUCUCUGUGAUCAACACACCUCACAAGGUGGGCACAAGCAACGGAUGGGGUCCUGUCUUUCAGGUCUUCAAGUCGUUUUACAACGACACGCACUUUGAGCGGUAUGGAACGUUCAUGGACGAGAAUUCCCUGCUGCUCCUGUGGUCCUGUACGGUCUCCAUGUUCCCUCUGGGAGGCUUGUUGGGGUCCUUGAUUGUUGGCCCAAUGGUCGAUAAGUGGGGCAGAAAAGGAACUCUGCUGAUCAACAAUGUCUUCGCUAUCACCCCUGCCAUCCUGAUGGGGGUCAGCAAAGUGGCCCGGGCUUUUGAGCUGAUCAUCUUGUCUCGCGUGCUGGUGGGAAUCUGUGCAGGCAUCUCCUACAGCGCUCUUCCCAUGUACCUGGGAGAACUGGCUCCCAAGAACCUGAGGGGCACCUUAGGAACAAUGACUGAGGUAUUCGUCAUCAUUGGAGUCCUCCUGGCGCAGAUCUUCAGUCUGCAGGCCAUCCUGGGCAACACCACAGGUUGGCCUAUCCUCUUGGCUCUCACCGGGGUCCCGGCACUGAUUCAGCUUCUCUCGCUGCCCUUCUUCCCCGAGAGCCCCCGUUACACUCUGAUUGAGAAAGGAGACGAAGAGACAGCGAGGCAAGCUCUAAGGAGGCUGCGAGGCUCCAGCUACGACGUGGAGGCCGAGCUGGAGGAAAUGCGCGAGGAGGAGCGCAAGGAGCAAGCAGAGGGUCGCCUAUCGGUGCUCAACCUCUUCACCUUUCGGCCCUUGCGCUGGCAGCUGAUCUCCAUCAUCGUGCUCAUGGCGGGCCAGCAGCUGUCCGGGAUCAACGCGAUCAACUACUACGCAGACACCAUCUACACAUCGGUUGGUGUGGACCCCACCCAGUCCCAGUACGUGACAGUGGGCUCUGGCGUGAUCAACUUAGUGAUGACUAUCGUCUCGGCAGUCGCUGUAGAGCGUCUGGGGCGGCGGAUUCUCCUGCUGUCUGGCUAUGGCAUCUGUGGCUUGGCCUGCGUGGUGCUGACCGUGGCUCUCCUCCUCCAGAGCACGGUCCCUGAGCUGUCUUACCUUGGCAUCAUUUGUGUCUUCGCCUACAUCGUGGGACAUUCCAUAGGGCCCAGUCCUGUCCCUUCGGUGGUGAGAACAGAGAUCGUCCUGCAGUCCUCUCGGACGGCUGCCUUCACGGUAGAUGGGGCCGUGCACUGGUUCACCAACUUCAUCGUCGGCUUGGCGUUCCCAUCCAUCCAGGUGGCCAUCGGGGCCUACAGUUUUCUCAUCUUCGCUGCCCUCUGCCUCCUCACUGCUGUCUACGUCUACAUGAUAAUCCCUGAGACCAAGGGCAAGACAUUUGUGGAGAUCAACUGUGCCUUCGCCAAGAGAAACGGAGUGGAGCUUCCAGAAGCGAAAGGAGGAGCGACGGCCGAGCCUCACACACCCUCUCUGCCCGACAAGCAGACGUCCUUUUGAUGGCUCUGCAGACCCACACGUACUCAGCUUCUCUCUUGGAGAAGGACACUUGGGGACCAGGCCUUCUGAGGCUUUGGUGUUCCCUUGGCAACUGGAAGACUUUGGAAGACGCAGCACUGAUUUACUCGACAAGCGGUUAGUUCCCAAGACUAACCAUGAGAGGGCGGUGUAGAUGGGUGGGAGCUGAUUCUCUGAUUCUACAAUGAGGUAGGGAUGCUAAGGCUUUACAAGUUCUGGGUCUUAGCUUCAUAUUACUGUAACAAAAAUAACUGGGCCAACUAGCUGAUUUGAAAAAAAAAUGAUUUGGGCUCCUGUUUCUCAAGACUGGGCAGACCCCACAGCUUUAGGCCUCUGGCAAACGGGACACAUCUCAGUGGAAAGGUGUAGCACAACAGACUGCUUACGUCAUCAUGAUCCAGGAAGUGGAGAGCCACAAAGUCCCCUUCCAGAACACAACACAAUAUUCUGAGAUCCCCUAUUAGCUCCGCCUCUCGGGAGUUCUGCUACAUACACCACCACCACCACCACCACCCCCAACAGCCAGCGCCGUGGGCUGAAGACCAAGCUUUCAAUGCGUAAACCUUUGGGGACAUUCAUCCAAACCAUAGUCUUCAAUGUGCUAUGGAGGGGUGGGAGAUGACUCAGUCAGCGACGCGCAUGCUAUGCAAGCCUAAGACCCUCUGCGUCCCUGGAGCUGGGCCGUGAGCAUGGCUCACAGAGCUGGUGGUGAGCGUACCUCUGCCAUGUUGGAUGGGGUGAAGCCAACAGGCAAAGUCAGCAGCAUUAGUUCUAGCCCCAUGCCUCUGCCUCUAGCAAAUCCUACUAGCUCAGUCAAUAGAACAUGAGACUCUUAAUCUCAGGGUCAUAGGUUUGAGACUCACAUUGGGUGCCAAUUGAAUAAAAACUCAGAAAAUGAAAUUGGGGUUCAACUUGAAGAUCCAAAAUGCAAAACAGCCAUCCACUGAUAAAGUGGAAUUCCCUUCUGUAUGCUGUGAAUACCAUUGGUUAACAAAGAAACUGGCUUGGCUUGUGAUAGGGCAAAAGAGUAGAGCUAGGCGGGGAAAACUAAAGUGAAUGCUGGGAAGAAGAAGGCAGAAUGAAAAGAAGCCAUGGAGCCGCUGCCAGAGACAGAUAUGCUGAAACCUUGCUGGUAGGCCAGGAACCUCAUG